UUAACCGACAUAUCUACGUUUCAUGCGCGUAUUCUUUUCAUUAAAAGAAUAUUUUUCGCUUGUGCCGGGAAACUUCCACUAUUGCUGUACAUCUGAAUGCCGUAGCACACACUCCCGCAACACGUACAACAACAAUUAAUACGACGUCGUGUACGAUCAAACUAUAUUACCUACAUCCAUGUAAACACUGAAGAAAUAUAAUGCGGUCCAUUAUUUUAAUCGUAAAUGUAUUUGUUCAUUUGAUAUGUACAAAUACUCAGAUGCCUGGAGGCACUUAUAGAGAAGGAUAUUUCAAUAGUUCAUCGUGGUUAAAUUUAUUUCCUUCCAUUUCAUUGUACAAACAUAUAGGAUUCAGCUUUAGGACAUGUUCUGGAGGACAAAUAUUUUCUCAAACACAAGAUUUGCCAUAUACUCGAAUCUCAGUAGAUGUUCUUCGUGAUAGCUUAUUAUUUACAACAUUUUUCCAAAACAAACAUUUUGAAUCAAAAAUCCAGGGGGAUUUUUUUGAUAAUUCUUGGCAUAAUGUUAAUAUGAUUUAUAAGCUUGGAGAAUUAACAAUAUCUGUUGAUGGCUCACAACAAGUUAUAGCAAACUCAACAUUUAAUUCAGAAAUUUUAAAUUCUGAAAUUACAACUGAUCAAUCUAUAUUAAGAGUAGGAGAUGGUUUUGAAGGUUGUUUGUUAGAAGGCCCAAAUUUUAUUUUUAAUUCAUCUUUAAAUCAAGCUUAUAAAGUUGUUUGGGGACAUUGUCCUUUAAACAGUCAGUCAUGUAUGGGUAUUGACUAUUGUUCUCAUGCUCCUUGUAUGAUGCGUGGAGUAUGUGUUCCUAGGCAAAAUAAAUACCAUUGUAUCUGUCAACCUAGGUACUCUGGAAAUAAUUGUGAAAUUGAUAAUGGAUCCCCUUGUGCAAAACAUAACAAUCGUUGUAUGUAUGGUUUGUGUGAAGAAAUAAAAUAUGGUGAAGAUUUUAUAUGCUAUUGUGACCAAGGAUUUACUGGUAAAUUUUGUGAAAUUGAAUUAUCUGCACAUGUUUGUGAUAACAAUCCGUGUAGAAAUAAUGGCACAUGUAAAUUAACAUCAGGAGGUAAAAGUUAUGAAUGCAGUUGUGCACCAGGAUUUAAAGGAGAUAACUGUGAAAUAAAUAUUAAUGAAUGCUUGUCAAGUCCUUGUCAACACGGAGGUGUGUGUGUUGAUGGUGUUAAUAAUUAUACAUGUGCAUGUAAUAAAACUGGAUAUAAAGGAAUAAAUUGUGAAACAAAUAUUAAUGAGUGUGAAAUAAAUCCAUGUUUCAAUCAGGGUGUAUGUUUUGAUAACUAUGGAAGUUAUACUUGCCAGUGUCAAUUGGGAUUUGGAGGAAUCAAUUGUGAAAUAGAUUUAAAUGAAUGUAUAUCAAAUCCUUGUCAAAAUGGUGGUCAGUGUAGAGAUCAAGUUGGAACAUAUACAUGUCGAUGUGCUCUAGGUUUUGUAGGUAGAAAUUGUGAAAUUGAUGUGGAUGAUUGUGAAACUGCUGUAUGUCCAACAAACUCAAUUUGUGUUGAUGGUAUAGCGUCACACUCGUGUCAUUGUAAAUCAGGAUAUACUGGUGUUCCUCCUAAUUGUACUGAAAUAACAGUUUGUAGUAGCCAUCCUUGUAAAAAUGGAGGUUCAUGUGGUUUAUUGUCAAAUGGCCAGUUUAAUUGUUCAUGUACAUCAGGAUUUACAGGCACUUUUUGUGAGCAUGGUAAUAUAAUGACUCGUUCGCAUGCUGAUGAUGUUUGUGUUUUCAUGCCUUGUCUGAAUUCUGGCACAUGUAUAUCCCAAGGAUCUAAUUAUGAAUGUAAAUGCCCUGCUGGCUUUACUGGUCAAAAUUGUGAAAUGACUAUGAAAUGUAAUGCUGAUCCCUGUCAGCAUUUUGUGUCUUGUCAUGAUAAUAUUGGUGGGUACUAUUGUGAAUGUGAACCUGGUUGGUCUGGGCAACAAUGUAAUCAACGUGAUCCUGGUAAUGCUUGCAAUCAAAACACUUGUGCUCAUGGUGGCACUUGUAUUCUAUUAGCAGGACAAGCUGAUAGUUUCCAUUGUGAAUGUCCCCCAGGGUUUACUGGACAGACAUGUCAAAUAGAUAUUGAUGAAUGUAUGUCCAAACCAUGUUUAAACGGUGGAAUAUGUCAUGAUCUUAUCAAUGGUUUUCAAUGUAAUUGUACCAAUAACUAUAUGGGUGCUUACUGUCAAUUACCAUUUGAUGCUUGUACUAAAAAUCCUAGCCCUUGUUUCAAUAAUGGUACUUGUUUACACAAAACUUCAUCACUUAAUGAUUAUUACUGCAAGUGUUCUCCAGGGUUUGAAGGUACAAAUUGUGAAGUAAAUAUCAAUGAAUGUCUAAUGGGAACUUGUCCAACUGGAAACGUUUGCAUUGAUGGUAUUAAUACUUAUGAGUGCAAAUGUCCUGAAGGAUAUACAGGAGAAAAUUGUUCAAAAUUAUUAAACGAUUGUCAACAUCGUGUUUGUAAAAACAAUUCUACUUGUAUAGAGAGCCCAGAUGGUUAUAUUUGUCGUUGCAUGCCUGGAUUUACAGGUAUUAAUUGUGAUCAAGAUAUAAACGAAUGCAAAGUUAACAAAGGAAUAUGCAACUAUGGAAUUUGUGUUAAUACUAAUGGGAGUUAUCAAUGUUUUUGCCGUCCAGGAUUUUCUGGUAACAACUGUGAUAUAGAUUUUGAUGAAUGUUUGUCACAACCUUGUUAUAAUGGUGCUACUUGUGAGAAUAAAAUUAAUGGUUUUAAUUGUAUUUGCCCUCUGGGAUAUACUGGUAAAGUUUGUAGUAUUGAUGUCGAUGAUUGUAACUCGAAUCCUUGUUUAAAUGGUGCUACUUGUAUUGAUAAUAUUGCAUCUUUUACAUGCUUGUGUCCAAUUGGCUUAACAGGAAAACUCUGCGAAACAAAUAUUGAUGACUGUGAAUCUUCCCCGUGUCAGAAUAUGGGGCUAUGUAUUGACAAACUUAACAGUUAUGAUUGUAAUUGUACAAAUACAGGAUUUGAAGGAAAUCACUGUGAGUUGAAUAUAAAUGAUUGUGUACAUAACCCAUGUGAGAAUAAUGGCACGUGUAUAGAUGAAAUAAAAGACUAUUCUUGCAAGUGUUAUGUUGGUUAUAUAGGAAAAAAUUGUGAAGUUGAUAUAAAUGAUUGUGAAAGUAAUCCUUGCCAAUUUGGGGGCACGUGUCUUGAACAUUCUAAUGUAUCUUUAUACAAUCAAAAAGAUAACAAUAACUUAUCAGCUAUAUUUCACCAAGAGUUCAAUUAUGCUACAGCUAAUGGAUUUGAAUGUUUAUGUUUACCUGGUACAACAGGCAUUAAGUGUGAAAUUGAUAUUAAUGAAUGUGAAAGCAACCUAUGCCAUUGGGGAGUUUGUGAAAAUAGAAUCGGUGGUUAUACAUGUUCAUGUGAAGAUGGUUAUGAAGGCGUAUAUUGUGAAAUUAAAAUUAAUGAGUGUGAAAGAUUCAAACCUUGUGAUCACGGAACUUGCAUGGAUCGUCGUGAUGGUUACUAUUGUGAUUGUAUACCGAAAUAUGGUGGUAAAAAUUGUUCUGUAGAGUUAUUUGGAUGUCAGGAUCCACAACCAUGUUUAAACAAUGGUACUUGCAGACCAUAUUUGUUUGAUGAGACCGAACAUCGCUAUAAUUGUACUUGUCCAUAUGGAUUUCAUGGACAUAUAUGUGAUAAGCUGUCUAUCACUCACAACUAUGCAGAUAUAGCUUUAAUUAUCGGCUCAAUAUUACCUAUUCUACUUAUUGGUGGUAUGGGCAGUUUGCUUGUACUAUUAAUAAUGGCACGAAAAAAAAGAGCUACACGAGGUGCUUAUAACCCAAGCUGUCUAGAGUAUUGCAAUUCUAGAGUUGAAUUAGAAAAUGUACUGAAACCACCACCGAAAGAACGACUUAUCUAAUUAUAUUUUUUUA